AUGUCUAGUGGUCAAAAAAAAAGAAAAACUGUUGAACAAAAAUUAUGGGAAAACAGAAAAUUAAAAAUGGCUGGUAUACAACCUGAUGAUUCAGAAAUUGAUGUUGAUGAAGAUAUUGAGAUCGAAUUUAAAAAACAAUAUAAAUUUAAUACUUUGGAAUUCAAACCAGAAGAAAGUUUUGAUUUUACUAAUCCCUUGUACUUAAUUGGUUGUAAAAAAAGUUUGUUUUAUGAAAAAUACAAAAGUACAAUAAACAAAUUUGAUUUUAAAAAUAUAAAAAUAAAGCAUAAACAUGAAGCUAGACCUUUAGAAAAAAUUACAGAACUUCCUGUUUACAAACAAAAAGAUGAAUUUUUAGAUUUUUUUGAAAAAAAUAACAUAAUUCUUGUUACAGGGGAGACUGGUUGUGGUAAGAGUACUCUUAUCCCCAAAUUUAUUUUUGAUAAAUUUAACUAUCGCAUCUGUGUGACACAACCAAGAAAAAUAAGUGUUAAAAGUUUAUAUUAUCGUAUGAAGCAUUUUUAUGAUUUUGAGAUUGGAUAUGUUAUUAAAUAUGAAAAAGAAAUAACACAUGCUACAAAAAUUAAAUAUGUUACUGAAGGCAUUUUACUAAAAGAAUUUUCUUCUGAGGUGUUAUUAUCAGAAUAUGAUGUUAUAAUUUGCGAUGAAGUACAUGAAAGAAGCAUCAAUCUUGAUAUAAUAUUAGGCUUUUUAAAAAUUAUUAAGCACAAAAGAUCAAAUUUAAAAAUUAUUCUUAUGAGUGCUACUUUACAAGUUGAUGAUUUUAAACAAUAUUUUGAUGUUUCUGCUUUUCAUUUUGGUGGAAGUCAAUAUCCAGUGUCUAUACAUUAUUUAAAAAUUAAUGUUGAUGAUUAUAUCGAAUGGACUGCAAAAAAAAUAUUGCAUGUGCAUCAGAAAAAAGAAAAAGGUGAUAUUUUAGUAUUUUUAAGUGGUAAAGAAGAUAUCAUGCAAGUUUAUACAAUUUUACAAAAUUUUGUAUUGUGUAAAGACUUAAUAGUUAUACCUCUUUAUGCAGAAAUUAUGAAUGAUGUUUAUGACAUAAUAUUUAAUUAUAAAGAAAAUAGACGUAAAUGUAUAUUAUCUACAAAUAUAGCAGAAGCAUCUGUUACUAUUGAUAAUAUUAAAUAUGUUAUAGAUUCGGGCUUCCAUAAAAUUCUUUAUUACGAUUAUAAUUUUGGCGAACGCCUCAUUAAAUAUCCAAUAAGUAAGGACAAUGCUAUACAAAGAGCAGGUAGAGCGGGAAGACUUAUGCCGGGCGAAUGUUAUAGAAUGUAUACUGAAGAAUCUUACAAUAAUGAUUUAAAAAGUCAUAACAUCCCUGAGAUUUUAAGAUCGAAUAUCACUAAUACCAUUUUAGUAUUAUUAUCUGCGAAUUAUAAAGAAAUAAAUAACUUUCCAUUUAUUUCUAAGCCAAGUGAAAAUCUUAUUCAGGCAGGUAUCAAUAAUUUAUUUAUACUUAAUUGUGUAGACACAAAUCUAAAUAUCACUCAAGAUGGUAAAAAAAUUAUGGAUUUUGGAGAGGAUAUUUGCUUAGGAAAACUUAUUUUAGAAGGUAUAAAGCUUAAUUGUUCUUAUGAUGCUUCAUUACUUGUGUGUAUUUUAAGCUUUGAUUUUUAUAACUUUUUUGAAUUAUUUCGGAAAGAACCUUAUUAUGAUAAUUGUGUAAUAGACAAUAACGAGUUUUGUACCUUACUUAAUUUAUUUAAAAAUGGUAUAAAAAAUAUUAAAGAUGCUCCAUAUAUUGUUUCUAAAGUUAAAUAUAAACAUGAUAAUUUAAUAAAAAGACUUAAGUCUUUAGGAUAUCAGAUUACUUUUUCUAAACAUAUAAAUAUAGCAAUAUACAAAACAUUUUUUUACAAUAUUUGUAAGAAAUGUGAUAACUAUUAUGUUCAUAUUUUUACAGGAAUAAAAUACAAAAAUAAUACAAGUAAUGUUGAUGGUAAAUAUGUUCUGUUUUAUAAAUCAUUCAAAAAUAGAAAAGAAGAUUUAAUUAUGCAAGUUAUGUGUACAAUUAAUUCUAAAGAAAUUUUAUAUGAAUUAAGUAACUACAUAAAGCCACAAAAUGAAAAAGAAAUACAAAAGGAUUAUUUUUUUAAUAUUUUUGAAAAGCUUUAUGAUAGAUUUGAAUUAGAAGAUAUUGAUUAG